AAAUCAAUUAUUUUUUUAUGAUUCAUUCUGUUCAAUUACUUAUUUCUAAAUAAUCAAUUAAUCCCAUCAUUAGCUUAAAUCCGAAUCUGUUUUAAACCAUUUAAAUACCUAAACUAUAAAUCAAAUCUUAAAUAGCUUAAAUAGCUUAAAAGUUUUGGAAUACACACAUUGUUUAAAACUUUAUAAUAUUAUACUAAUAUUAAGAAAGAAUAUGCAUCUAUCUAUCGUGAGAUAUAUAUAAGAUUAACUAACAAUUAUAACGCAUUAUAUGUGUAGAGCAGACAAAAAUUAUCAACAAAAAUUCGAAUCAACAUUUGGUGAUAACUGAGAACAGAAUCAACUUAUUGUUGCAUGAAUCUGAUUGGAAUAAUGUAGAAAUUCUAAAUAAAGAAAAAUUUUUUAACGAAAGACUAAUCUCAGAAAUAAUAUACAUCCAUAAACAGAAACAAGCGCGUAACUCUUGCACACAGAUACAAGUCUCCUUGAUCCCUUCUACUUUGCUUUUUCACAAAAACAUAAGUUGUUUCCAUUUCUUAGUGAAAUUAUCUUGUCAUGCUGUCUGUUUAUUCUAACGCGAAACUCAGAACUGUUUACAUUAGAAUCGCUGAAAUCUUCUGAAUUUGUAAGUCUUCAAUUUUUAUUUAAUUUUAUUUGUAUGUGCUUAAGUUUGUAAUCUAAAUAUUUUAAUUUCUUUAACGUAAUUAUGACAUACAUUAUAUUUUGGACAUUAAAAAAAUAUAGAACUGAUUCGUUAUUUACACUUUGAACAUUAUGAAGAUUAAUUAAUUAGUAUAUUUUUCAACUUUAUGUAUACUCUUUCAAAUUUGUACUGAUGGUCCAAACUUAAGACCAAAACGUAUACAUUGCUACGUAUUUUAUUAAUAUAUAAAUUUAUGUACACGAAGAACAGCUCUAAAUUAGCAUUAUUCCUAUUUUACUUAUAAAGAUUGUACAUUAUAAUGAAACAGCAGUACUUAGUUAUGUUUAAACAAAUUUUUUUGCGUUAACGUUUCUUUUACAUUUCAUUGUUUCAAUUUCACAAAAGUUUCGUUAACGUUUCUAUUAUUCAUCCUUUACAUUCGACUUACCCUUCGAUCUAUAUUUUUACCAGGGAGAAUCCAAAUAAUAAUAUUAUCCGAACACUUAGAUAUUCCUAGAUCCAAACGUCAAUUCUAUUAUUCCAACAACCGUUGAUUUAAAAUUUGCAAAUUUUGUAUAAAGAGUCAGAAAUAUAUGCAGGUAGAGAUAUCUAGGAGAAAGAGCACUGCAAUUGCUACAGCAGAUCACCGUACGGAUAGAGUUUGUAAAUUCGCAUCAACAAUGCAACUGAUCCGUCGAUGAAAUAAAAAAAAAUUCGCCUAUAUUACAUUGUGCAGAUUUUGAUUUUGUAGACAAAACAUUUCGGCGAUUCGCUGCUACGCUACCUAGCACGCGAGCAAGGAAUUAAGGCUUAUCGUAUACUCCCGACGAGAGCUGGUGGAGGAGCAAAAGGAAGGCGCGCGCGGGAUGAAUGAGCAGCGGGCCCGACGUUAAGCAGAUCAAGUUAAAGUAGUAAUACGGUGCAUCUCCGUAGAGACGGCUGGUAUGUCGCGCAGCAUUCCAUCCCGUCGAGACAUGUCACAGGUCGAAUUUCUCGUCCUCUCGGCCGUCCUCCUCCUUGCCUGCUCAGUGUACGCGUAUCCGGAGACCAGCCUGGUGAACGAGAACGCCGCGCGGGCGUCGAUCGAGACGGUGCUGGAGCGCGAACCGGCGACCUUCAAAUUGUACACCAGGGAAAAUCCGUUCGGCGAGGAGCAAUUGUUUCUGAACAAUACCGAGGUGCUGUACGCGUCGCAUUUCAACGAGAGCCGGCCGACCAAGUUUAUCGUUCACGGAUUCAGCGAUACCGGAAACGAGGGCUGGAUACGUGAUUUAAUAGACGCGUAUCUGCUUCAUCAGGAUGUGAACGUGAUAGUCGUUGGUUGGGGAAUCUUGGCGUCCGACGCCUAUCCAGUGGCGGCCAAAAACACGCGUCUUGUCGGUGAAUAUUUAGGCCAGUUCUUAGACUUUUUGAGCCGAGAUUCGAAUCUGGAAUAUAAGGAUGUGCACAUUAGCGGUCUUAGUUUGGGUUCUUACGUGGCGGGCUUCGCCGGAGCCUAUCAUGACGGACGUGUCGGAAGAAUAACAGGACUGGACCCCGCGAGUCCUCUGUUCGAGACCAAUUCUAGUAUAGUCGAUCCAGAACACCGGCUGGAUCCGACCGAUGCUCAAUUCGUUGAUGUGAUCCACACUAGCGGACCGGUGUUCGGAUUCUCGGCGCCGUUGGGACACGCCGAUUUUUAUCCUAACAACGGCAAGAUCCCACAACCUGGAUGCACUUUUGGACCGACGAUAACUUACUGCAGCCAUUCGAGAGCGCAUCAGCUUAUGACCGAGAGCAUCGGCAGCACGGUGGGCUUCAAGGCGAGAAUGUGCGACAGCUGGGAAAAAUACAAGGAUCAAUUUUGCGAUUACAAUCCGGUCGUUUUGAUGGGCGAGUACGCCUCCACCUCGUUGCGUGGCAAAUUUUACCUAACGACCAACGACGCUUCUCCCUUCGCACUACCGUAAGCUCUUCUGAAUGUCGAUUUUGACGGGUUUCUUCUAUAAGAAUUUGCAAACUACAAUUUGCGAAUUUCACGAUUAUGGCUCGACCGACGAUCGCGCAAUAAUCUGUACUAGUCAUUGAUAAGUUACUUUAUUUAUGAAAUUCUUCGAUUAUGAGUGCGUACCGAACGUAUAUCGUGUCAGAAUGUAUCCCUAAUAUACGUAAUGCUACAGAAAGAGUACAAAUUACAUUAUUAACUGAGACUACGAUUUUAAAUGAAUAUACUUUUUACAAUAAUCGACACAUUUUCCACCUCGCCAAAUUUCCUAUCUUUUCAAUAAAAUUGCCGUUUUUUUUUCUCA